UUAAUAUUUCUUCCAAAACUUGAUCUCUGAGUUCCAAAUCAAGUUAUAGGAGAACUUUUUCCGGUUUAUCCAUUCAGUAUCUAAAGCCACCCAUCGGCCUGACUAGUUCGAAUUCGCCUCAGGUCGGGUUCACUAAAGGAGGAUACGUUCCAUACUAAGAGUUUCUCCAUUCCCAUAGCUCGAACACGACUUGUUCCUUGCUAAUUAGCACGCGCUAUCACUCAAGAUACUUCAAAUGGGACAGCAAAAGUUGGUGGUAAAGAUUAUGACAAUGAGCGACGAAAAAACGAAACAAAAAGCUAUGGAGGCUGUUGCUGAUAUACAUGGAGUUGAUUCGAUAGCAGCUGAUAUAAAGGAGCAGAAGAUGAUAAUUUUGGGUGAAAUGGAUAGUAUAGCAGUUGCAAAAAAGUUAAAGAAAGUUGGGAAAAUUGACAUAAUAUCAGUUGGUCCAGCUAAACAAGAAAAAAAGGAAGAGAAGGACGAAAAGAAGGAUGAAAAGGCUGUGGAUAAGAAAUGAUCAAAUAGAUGCAAAUGAUAUUUACAUUAAUUAUAUUAUCAGUGAAAUUUAAUUUAUUGUAGCAGGUUGUUUGUCUUAUUUUUAAGCAAUUAAUUUCACUUAUUAUAAUUGUUAUUUGAUA